AUGUGUCGCAAACAGACAGGAGCCCUCUUCGCUCGCAUGCACCGCAUUCCCAAGUCCGCAAUAUCGUACUCACCUGCAUCUGAAGCAUCAAUCAAGCGCUAUUCUGCUUCCAAGGGCAUUACCCGAUCCUUUUGUGGCAUUUGCGGAAGCGUGCUAGCAUGGUGUGAGGACUCCUCGCCCAGAAUGGCUGUGACAGUAGGAUCCUUUGAUGAAGAUGCCCUCAAGCUUCACGGUCACCUAUUGACAUACUCAACCCAUCACAUCUGGUGCAGAGAUGAGAUUAAAGGAGUCACGGACCAUUUACCUGGAUCUAAAUAUGAAUUAGACGAUGACGAGGAGAUUACCGGUCAGCGCGCAUAA